AUGCAGUUGAAAAAGCUUAACACUGCCCUUUUCCCGGUCCGGUACAAUGAUAAGUACUAUGCCGAUGCUCUCACCUCCGGUGAAUUUACCAAAUUAGCAUAUUACAGUGACAUUUGUGUUGGAUCAAUUGCAUGCCGUCUCGAGAAGAAGGAAGGUGGUGCUAUUCGUGUAUACAUAAUGACAUUGGGUGUCUUGGCACCAUACCGUGGAUUAGGCAUUGGCACAAAGCUGUUGAGUUACGUGCUUGAUCUUUGUGCGAAGCAGAAUAUUGGUGAGAUCUACUUGCACGUUCAGACGAACAACGAGGAUGCCAUCAACUUCUACAAGAAAUUCGGAUUUGAAAUCACGGAAACCAUUCAGAACUACUAUACAAAUAUUACCCCACCGGAUUGCUUUGUUGUUACCAAGUUCAUUACUCAAUCCCAAACAAAGAAAUGA